GCGUUGUUUGUACCAAAAGUAGAGAGUGACGCGAUUCCAGUGCCACUGCAAAGACUUUUCGCUGUCUUGCUCAAUCCCCAAGUAAAAGUUUCCAGACGUGACAGAUAAUCCUUUCUCACUUCCCUUUACCAACCGAUGCCUUUUAUGUAGGCUUUGAAGUAACCGUAGUGUGACCUUUUAUCCCUUUCCUCACCUUCUUCGCACAGUGUAUUUGCAGUCAGCAUACGAAAAAGAGAGCGAGGAAGGAUUUCUCCUUUGACUUCUAUGGCGUGCUCGCUCUUACUGUCCGUUCAGACUCUUUGUAACCAUUACAGAAGUAGUGUCUUCAAGUCUUUUUCAAGACCGAAGUAGAAAGCUGAAGCUCUGAGACGAGCAAGAUGAAGUAUUUGCAGAAUGCCCAGCUGGAGUGCAUGAGCAACGCGCUGUGCACAGAGAAUGGAGAAGUUCAGAUCCAGUGCAAACUGGAGAGCUACUCGUGUAAGAUGACAUCGGAUGACAAGCGCCAGUUCAAACUGCACAGCCACGAUGCUCCCGAGUACCAGGCUCUUUCUCCGCCGCAAGCUGUCUACCAAGCUGGUUCACCAGUCGAUGGCUGUUUGUCUGGCUCGUUCAAGCGUAGUGUCAGCGAUGCAUACAACAGCAGCUCCUUACCAGUGGAGGGCAUGCUGCCGUUUGUACAGAGCUGCGAUGUGCGCACUCUGUAUUAUCUGAUUGCCACCAUGAACGCUUCCUUCCAGCCAGACUACGACUUUUCCAAUGCAAAGUCCAACUCAUUCAGCCGUGAACCAAGCUACAGUUUUGUGGCCAGUGCAAUCCGCACAGUCAUGUCGGGCAGUCGGUGUGAACAAUUCAGCAGACUAGAGUCACCGCUGUGGAAAUCCAUUGGGACAGAAGUCGACCUCUCCUCCUGUGAAAUCUACAGCUACAAUCCUGACCUUCACUCUGACCCCUAUAGCGAAGAGGGAAACCUCUGGUCAUUCAAUUAUUUCUUUUUCGACACCAAGCAGAAACGCAUCGUUUUCUUUUCCUGCCGCGCCACAAGUGUGUCCGGCAUGAACAGCCAGGAUGAAAGUGGAGGUGAUUUUGAGGAUGAGAUUCCAACGGACUGGACAGAUGAAUUUGAAAUGGACUAUUGAUAUACCCGUUGUUCCCAUCCUGACAUUGAUUACCCCUUACAUGUACCGGUAUGCAAGCAAGUACGACCAAGCUCUCUCUCUCUCUCUCUCUCUCUCUCUCUCUCUCUCUCUUGUAUGCAAGUAACUCCAUACAGUCUUGCUCGUAUCUUGUACAAUAUAUUGCAAUUAUCUGAUGUUGACACAUUUCCACUCAUAGUUAUAUCACGAAAGUUAUCAACUUGAUACUGCCCUUGUUUUGUUAGCACAAUAAUUGGAACUCACUAUUUAGACCACCAGCUUGAUAAGUUGAUCUCAUGCGUUCUUGCUUUUUUUUUGUUGCAUUUGUGCACCUUGUACCAUGUAUCUCUCUCUCAUGUUGUGUUUUGUUUCCUUUUGGCAUGCUGCACUCGGCCCGGAGUCGUGUGUAGUAGUGUCUGUGAGUAGAGAUAGAGAAUGGCUCCCCCUUCCCAUUCUCUUGUCCUUCCUGCUCGAACGUAGGCUGCAUUUAAGGUCACGGUCGUUUUUUCUUUUAUGUGGCCAUUAGCGGGCAAUUUUCUUGUGUAUUCUUUAGAAGUGACAUAGAUCGUCAUGUUCUAGAGAUACGUUAGUAGUGUGUACCUGUUAAGCUUUCCCUUUAUUCCUGAUGCUAUGUUGGCUGGGCCAAUCUGAAUCCGUUGUGUUGGUCGUCAAUGCCCAUCUUACUGUUAAUAUCACCUUGGCCUUCGGUCAAUCUUUCGUUAAGUGUAUCAAUAAAUCCUUGCCGAAUUGAA